GCGGUUUGUUUCUUCUCCCAAAGCGAAUUGUUUCAGAUCAAAGCGAUCGAGCCGCCUCCAUUUCUUCAUCUCUCUCUCUCUCUCUGUGAAAGAUUUCGUAUUACAUUCAUUCAGAUCCAUUAUUCUAGAGAGAGAUUAUUAAUUUACGAGUGAAUCAAUAUGGCGGUGGUGUCACCCCUGGCGAAAUACAAGCUGGUUUUCCUCGGAGAUCAAUCCGUCGGCAAGACCAGCAUCAUCACUCGCUUCAUGUACGACAAAUUCGACACCACCUAUCAGGCUACUAUUGGCAUCGAUUUUCUUUCAAAAACAAUGUAUCUCGAAGAUCGUACGGUGCGGUUGCAGCUUUGGGACACUGCUGGACAGGAGAGAUUUAGGAGUCUUAUUCCAAGCUACAUUAGGGAUUCUUCCGUUGCAGUGAUCGCCUAUGACGUUGCUAAUCGACAGUCUUUCCUGAACACUUCCAAGUGGAUUGAGGAAGUGCGUACAGAACGAGGCAGUGAUGUUAUUGUUGUUCUUGUCGGCAAUAAAACCGAUCUUGUUGAUAAGAGGCAAGUGUCGAUCGAAGAAGGAGAUAGCAAGGCUCGCGAGUUUGGAGUAAUGUUCAUAGAAACCAGUGCAAAAGCAGGAUUCAAUAUCAAGCCUCUGUUCCGGAAGAUAGCUGCGGCCUUGCCAGGAAUGGAAACCCUCACAUCCACGAAGCAGGACGAUAUGGUUGAUGUGAAUUUGAAGCCCACUGUGAAUGCUUCCAACUCGGAGCAGCAAGGAGGAGGUUGUGCAUGCUGAAGAAUGUAUUUAGGUGAGAGGGUAAGUAUAAGAUAAUGAAAGCACAAAUAGCCUAAUGUUGAAGCCGAAACAGAACCACGAUUUUGAGCUUAGAUAUCGACAUCCUUUCAACUUUCGACGGAGGAAGGUGCAGAGGAGUCUGCCCCAAGAUGCUACAAGCUGACUCCUAGAGGUGUUUUCUGACGGAAAUUACCAUUACUAAUUCCUUUAAGCUAUUUGUAUCUUUUUUCUUAAAUCAUCGUGUAUUUGAUAUUGAUCUGAGUGAGUCAGGAAUUUUUUCUCCAUAGGAGAUUAUUUUUAAGGAGUUUCUUAAGAGUUCAUCUCCACAUGUUUGUGCUAUUUUACUCAAAUUCUUUGCCAACGAUGAGAUUCGGAGUGGAUU